AUGGGUCAUGCCACGGCUGAUGCCAACGGCCGAACGCAUGUGCGGGCGGCGAUGACGCCGAACAUCACCCUCCGCGGCAAGGUUCACGCCGUCUCGACUCUAAAUCUCAGGGCUACAUCAGCGCACAGGGGCCAAGUUUCCCAAGGUGGGCAGGUUCGGGUGAGCUUCGUGCAAGGCUCGCGGCGUCAACCACGAUACUAUAUCGGCUGUUUCGCGGCCCUGCUCGUCCCACUGGCACCAGAAAGAGGGAACCCAAUACGAACGGAUAUCAACGACGGACCAGGUGUCAUUCAGACACAUUGGAAAGCUCACAAAGUGCAAGAGUGCGACAAUGUACGCUACGCCUACGCCAAUCAUCUUCUGGCCUCCAUGUCGUCCUGA